ACUUUGGUACAUGUCAGAUAGAUGUGUGCAUGCUCGUGCCUGGUUCGAGAUAUAUAUUAGGACUAAGUGUCAGUGAAAGAGAACUUAAUCUGUUUCCCUUGCGAAAAUGUGCCGGGUCGCUCUUAAAAUGAGGAGGCAGCAGGUACAGGCAGUACCGGUACUUGCUCAUCUUCUCAUUGCAUGCCUCCUCCUCUGGGCAUUCUCUCCACGUUCACCCACCGUCCAGGCUCGAGCAGUUGAAUCAGUUCAUCCAAAGGCAAGACCAUCCUCGGUAGAGACUGCACAUUUGUACCCUGGAAACAUGGGACCUACGUUGGGCAAAGAAAGGAAGAUAAGAAAAACUCCGUCUGGACCCAAUCCCACGGGAAACCGUCAGCCCCCGACAAAACACUGAAGCUAUCGAUGCACUUGUGCGGCACAUGAGGAUCCGAACUACAGCCGCAACUUAAUAUGGAUCGAGUAGAGGGGAGUUUGGUAUAGUAGGUAGGUUAGGAGAUCAGUACGGUCAGCCUAAUGUUCUUGUACAGAAGUUGGAUUAGAUUGAACAUUCAUGUUCACAUGAUCUGCAAGCAAUUAUAUUAGCCAUCAGACUGCACUGUUAGUUGAGCCUAGAAGCAUGGAAGCCCCAAAAGAUCUUUUGCUUUUCUGAACAUCCAUUUUUAGUUUAAAUCGUUGUUUGUGAAAGUGAGAGUUUCCUUGUGCAUGCUCA